UAUCAUUUGUUACAUCUGAAGUUUUAUUAGAAAUUCCACUUGAUUUAUCUCGAUCAGAUGAAUAUAAUUAUUUAAAUUGUUUAAAUUGGUCUAAUAAUGGAAAAUUAUUAGCUUAUGGACAUUGGUCAGGUAUUGUUUGUGUUUAUUCAUCAAAUGAUGGACAAUUAUUACAUGAAUUACCAACGAAAUCAUUAAAUCGUAAUGAAGAUUCAUUUGUAGAAAUUUGGUUUUCAGGAAGUGAUGCAUCACAAUUUAUUGAUUUAUUAUGUUUAAAACGUAGUGGUGAAUUAAUUCGUUAUGUAAUGAGUCGUGAUGAUAUAGCAUCAUGUGCAGAAGAUAAAUUUGAUUUUAAUAUAACUUGUGCAAUUAUUGAUUCAAAUCAAAAUCAACUUUAUAUUGUUCCUUUUAAUACAAAAUCAAUUGAAAUUUGGAAAAUUGUUGAUACAAAUCCAUUUAUUAUUAAAAUAAAAGAAAUUCUAGACGAAGAAGAAGAAGAAGAAGAUAAUAAUAAUAUUUAUAUAUAUGGUCUUGCACUUUCACCAAAUGAAUCUUAUCUUGUAUCAAUAUUAUCUGAUCAAUCAAUUGUUCUUUAUCAAAAUAAUGAACAACUUCAUUGUUUAUCUAAGUUAAAAAUCCCUGAUAAUCGUUCAUUUAUUUGUGAUUUUAAUUAUUGGGAUAAUAAAACUUUAAUAUUAUUUUAUUCUGAUGGUUCAAUAAGUUUUCAUGAAGGUAUAGAAACAUUAGAAGAAUAUCGUUAUGAAUCAAAACAAUUAAAUGAAUGGGCACGUUUUUGUCGUCGAACAUCAAAUGAAUUAUAUUUAAUUGAUUGUCAAAUAGAAAAUGAAAUUGAAAAUGAAAUAGAUGAAGAAAAUUCUAAUAUAAUAUCACGUUUAUUUCAUUCAUUAAAAGAUUCAAUUGAAUUAAUAAAUGAACGAUUAAUAUUACUUGAACAUAGUGAUCCUUGUCGUUUAAUAGAAAAUUUAGUUUCAAAAGGUGAAUAUGGACAAGCAUUACGUGUUUGUAAAGUAUUUAAUCGAAUAGAUUUAUCUGAUCAAAUACAUGAAAAAGCAUUACGUUUAUCAUCAUCACAAUUAGGUGCACAUUUAACACGAAUUCAAUCACGUCUUCAUGUUCUUCAAUUAUGUACAACUAUUUUAUAUCCAACAUUUAAUGAACAAUUUAAUUUAAUACAAUUUGGUCUUAAUCAAGCAACGAGAAAACAAUUAUUUGAUAAUUUAUAUUAUUCAGAUCAACCUUUUUUUCAAACAAUUUAUGAUGAAAAUUUAUAUUUAAAAGAUAUUCAACCAAAACAAAUACCUUUAAAUAUUCCACAAAAACAAGUUUUACUUUAUAGAAGAAAAUUAUUAGAUGAAAAAAGAAAAUUAUAUUUAUAUGAUGAUCUUAUUAAUAAAUAUAAAAUAUUUCAACAAUAUCAAUCAAAUAUUUUUGAAAAAUUUAGAGAAUGGGAUUAUAAACAAAUUGCAUUAAGAUCUGCUAGAGAAGGACAUUUGAAAGGUUUAAGAGUUGUGUUAGAACGUGCAAUUCCAUCGAUAUCAUCAAUUGAUAUUUUGUCAAUAUUAAAUGAAAUUCCUGAAAUAGUUCCAUUGUCGGAAUAUGAAGAUUUAAUUCCAAAAUAUUCUUUAAUUGAAGAAAAAGAAUUUAAUCGUAAAGAAAAUGAUUGGAGUGAUGAAUUUCUAUCACCAUAUGAAGAAACAAAAGAAGAAAUUGAUCAAUUAUUAUUUAUUGAAUGGUAUAAAAAAAGAAUUCUUUCAUUUGAAUCAUUUGGUUUUAUUGAAAAUGCUCUUCAAUUAUGUAAACAUGCUUUAGAAAUUGAAAAUUUCAAAGAAUUUUCUUUAUUUUAUAAUAAUCUUUAUCUUGAAUAUUUAUUAAAUAAAACAUCUGAUCAAGAUUUAACAUUAGAACAAAUUAAAAUAAUGUCAGAAGAAGAAAUAAUUGAUUUAAUAUUAACAUUUAAAAAUAAUUCUAUACAAGAUGAUAUUGAUAAACGUAUUCAACAAGUUUUAUUACCAUCAAUGGAUUUAAUUCAACAAUCAAAUGAAUAUUUAAAAAAAGUUUUGAUUAAAAAAUUACAAAAUAAUUUUGAUAUUUAUCCAAUAAUUAAUUCAUUGAAAUUAAAAACAAAUUUUAAACAAAAUAAUUUUGAUCAAUUAAUUAAAGAUUUAAUUUUAAAUGUUAAUUCAACUAAUCAAAUAUCUAUUUGUCAACAAUUAUUAACAUUAAUCAAUGAUAAACAACAUUUAGAAUAUAUUAUUGAAUCAUGUCGAAUUUUUAUAAAAUGGUCUCUUCCAAUGAUUCCAUCAGAAAUUAUUAGAAUUUUGGAAUCAGACGAAUCAUUAUCAAAUGCAAUCGUUCUUCUUACACAAUCAGCAAUCAAAGAAGAAAUGAAUAAAAUAAAUAUAUCAAUGGGUAAUGAACUUUAUCGUGAUCUUGAACGAAUAUGUCGUCAUCGUUUAUCAUCACAAACACUGUCAAAUUUAUUUAUUUCAAGUUUAUUAAAAUCUGAUAGUAUUGAAUGUUUUCAAAUUGUUCGUUCAAUGUUAUUACGUUUUCAUAUACCAUUAAUUAUUCAAGCAGCAAUUGAUUAUAUUGAUUCAGCAAAAAAUGGACAAGAUAGAAGUAUUCUUCUUGCUAAACAUUGUUUGGAUUUAAUCGAUGAUCAAUCAUUAGUUGUCAAUGAACGAAAUUUAAUUGAAUCACAAAAUAUUUGUGAUUUUUUUCAUUAUUCUAUAACACCUCUUGAAAUUCGUCGUCAUCCAAAUCCUAUACAAAUAAUUCCUGCUAUUCUUAAUUCAAAUCCUCAAGCUUAUAAAAAUACAAGCAAAUUAAUAUCAUUAUCAUCAUAUCUUCAAACUGGUAAUAAACAAGAUAAAAAAGAUCGAUGUAUGCUUUAUAUUGCUGAACAUUGUCUUAAAAUCAAUGAUUUAAAUAUGUGUUGGGAAUUAUGUUCUUCAUUAGUUGAAGAAAAUUAUGGUCCAUCAUGGAAAUGUUGUUGGGAAUUAAUUAAUAAAAAUCCAUCAUAUAUUAAUCAAUCAAUAUUAUCAUUUAUUAGUCUUCAUUGUGAUGAAAUUCUAUUGGGUGAUGUUUUGAAAAAAUCUAUUUCUAUUCGAGAUCAAUCAAUACCAAAUGAAGAAUAUCGAGUUACAUCAACUUAUUCAUAUUAUACAAAUUCAUUUUAUGAUCGAGAUUAUUCUCAACAGAUGGAAUUAAAAGAAAUUCCAUUAUUAAAAUCUCCACCCAUUGAUGAAAAAAGUGCAAUAAAAUAUGUUAAUAUUGAUACACCAUUAUUUAUUAUGGUUUAUUUAACAUCAAAUACAAAUAAUGAUAUUUUAAUCGAAAAAGAUAAUGAAUAUGCAUUACAAUUAUCAAUUUAUUGUCAAUCAUUAAUGAAAGGUUCUACACCACGUAAUUUAAAUGCAAUACCAUCAAUGAUAAUAAAUAAAACAUUAAUUGAAAAUAAUGAAAAUUAUAAUCGUUUAUUACGAAAUCGUCAAUAUUCAAUAUUAAAUCAAUUAGAUAAUUCAAUUGAUUUAAAUCGUUUUGAAAAUGAUAGUGAAUAUCGUCGUUUAACAAUACUUGGUCUAUUUAUGUGUGAUAAUCCUUCAUUUGAAUAUAGUGAACAAUUAGCAAUUAAAUAUAAUAUAUCAAUUGAUGAAUGUCAUCAUUCAUAUUUUGAAUAUUUAUUAACAAAUUCAAGUUUAUCAUUAAAUGAAAUACGAAAAAAAAUCAAACCAUUAUUAAAUUCAGAAAGAAUUAAAAAAAAUCGACAAACUAAAUUAGAUUUAGUUAAACGUUUACAUACAAAUGUUUUUCCAUUUAUUGAUGGAAAAGAUUAUGAACGUUUAAAACUUUUUUAUGAUAUUAAAAAAUCUUUAGGAGAUUUAACACAUGCACAAAAACAUAUUCAAGCUAUACAACAAUUAAAUAAUAUUAUUAAUAAUGAUUUUGAUUACAAAUUCUUUCUUUCAUCACCGGAAUUAUUUAUCGAAAAAUAUUCGAAUGAUUCAAAUAUAAUAAAUCUUGGUUUAGCACUUGAUCAAAUUAAAAUCUCAUCAUCAUUAAUAAUAACACCAAGUUGGAUAUAUUCAUAUUAUUUACGAUAUAAUCCAUCAUCAUCAUUAAUAUAUGAUUUAUUAAAUCGAAUAACAUUAUUUGAAGAUUUUAAUUUAUGUAUUGAAAAUUUAUUAUUACCAAAAAAUAUUUUUUUAAUUAAUAAACGAAUAAAAAUAAUUGAAUAUUCAAUAAAACAAAUUAUAUCUAAAGAAGAUCAACAAUGGAAAGAAUUAGAAGAAAAAUUAAAUAAACAUUUAUUACGUCUUGAAAUUUUAUAUAAACUUUUACCAGAUUAUUCACAAGAUGAAUUAAAUCAAAUAGAUCAAUGUGAAAAUAUUCAACAACAAGAAGAAAUUUUAUCAAAUUUAUUAUCUAAACAUGGACAAUUUUAUUUAAUUAUUUAUUUAAAAAAUAAUAUUUUUUAUGAUAUAUCAAUUUAUCAUAUUUUACAAUUAACUAUUGAAAAAAUAAGUCAAGAAAUAAAAUCUGGUAAUGAAGAUAGUUAUUUACGAUUAGAUUAUUUAUUAGAAAAUAUAUCUAUGGAUGAUAUUAAUAAAAAAGAAUUAUUUUCUUGUUUACAACAAAUGUGUCGUUCAGAAAUAAUUGAUCGACGUGUUCGAUAUAAAUUAAUUGAUAAACUUGAUAGAAUGUUUGAUAAACAAGGUCUACAAUCAGAUGAUCUUUUAUUAUUUGAACAAUAUCGUUUAUCAACUUUACUUUCAUCAUUUGAUUCAUUUACUGAAUUAAAAAAAGAAGAUAUUGAAACUGAUGAAAAUCGUUCUAUUCUUUUUCAAAAAUAUCUUUUACAAUCGGAAAGACUUAUUCAUUUUGAAUCUCUUAUUCAAAUUCUUAAUAAUACUUGGUCAAAACAACAAAUUAAUUAUAUGAAAGGAUCACAUGGAUUAAUUUUAAAAAAUGAAUUAAUUUUAGCAAUGAUUGAAAAAAAUUCCGAUUGGGAAAGAAUAUUAACGGAAAAUAUUAUUCAAUUUGAUGAAGAAGAAAUGAAUUCAUUAAUAAAAUAUUUAUACAAUUCAACAGAUCUUAUGUCUUAUGCAUAUAAACUUUGGUUAAUAAAUCCAAUAUCAUCAUUAGCUGAUUUACUUUUUCGAUCACCAUCUGAAUUAAUGAUUGAUAAAAAAUUUUUAUUAAUGUCAAUUGAAAGAAAUCGUGUUAAUGAUUUAUUAUCAAUAAAUCCAUUAUUAUUUGAUUAUUAUUUAAAUGAAAAUUUAUCUUAUGAAGAAAAACGUAAAGUUCUAAAUCAAAUUGAACAUAAUGAAGAAUUUCUUUUAAAAAUUGCUCAGCUAUUUAUACAUAAUGAAGAUUAUUCAUCAUUUAUAUCAUUUGGUCUAAUUAUUGAUACUUUACAGAAAUAUUUUUUAAAUAAAUAA